AUGCCUCGCGGGUACCAACGAGCUCCUUCAAUAGAGGCACCAACAGAGAUUCCGGCGGAGAAGAAGCUUCAUCCAAAUUACCCAUUUCUCAUGUCCUCAAAAGGUCUCGAAUCAGACGACGACAGCGACGACCUCGAUUACGACGAUCAGUUCCAGUUCAGCAUCAACACCGACGUUCUUGUCGACGCCAAAGAAGUAUCCUUAGGGGAACUGAUCGGCGAAGGCUCUUCUUCUAAAGUCUACAGAGGAUUGUUCAGGGAAGUGAACCCUGUCUCAGUGAGGAUAUUCCAGCCUGAAAGAGCGUCUGCCGUUGGCAUUGAGCAGAAGAGGAAGUUUCAGAGGGAGGUUCUCUUGCUCUCCAAGAUUCAACAUGAAAACAUUGUGCAGUUUAUCGGGGCCUGCAUAAACCCAAAGCUGAUGAUAGUUACUGAACUCAUGCAAGGCAAUACUCUUCACAAGUUUAUGUUGAGCACUCGUCCAAACCCUCUUGAUCUGAAGCUCGCCGUUAGCUUUGCCUUGGAUAUUGCUCGUGGAAUGGAGUUCUUGAAUGCAAAUGGCAUCAUUCACCGUGAUUUGAAGCCCAGUAAUAUGCUGUUAACAAGGGAUCAGAAACAUGUGAAGUUGGCUGAUUUUGGACUUGCUAGAGAGGAAAAUAAAGGUUUCAUGACUUGUGAAGCUGGUACCUAUAGAUGGAUGGCUCCUGAGAUAUUCAGCCAUGAGGCACUUCAAGUUGGGGAAAAGAAAGAGUAUGAUCAUAAGGUGGAUGUGUACAGCUUUGCUAUUGUCUUCUGGGAGUUGCUUACCAACAAAGUCCCAUUCAAGGGAAAGAACAACAUCUUUGUUGCUUAUGCCGCCAGUAAAAACCAGAGACCAAGUCUGGAUAAUAUUCCGGCAGGAGUUGGUUGUCUCCUUGAAGCAUGCUGGGCAGCGGAUCCUAAAGCUCGUCCUGAGUUCAAAGAGAUUACAGUGUCACUAGAAAAAUUGCUUAGAAGCUUGUGCUCGGAGGAUGAUGCUUCGUCAGCCAAUGUAGCAACCGAGGAUUCAACAACUUAUUUGGUUCAGGAACGUCUUGUCUAUGACUUUCCCAAGCUGAAGAUAAAGACUAGUAAGAGGAAGAAGAAGAACAAAAACAAAGUGAUGAAUAUGAUGGCUCCGUUUCUCAAGAUCUUCAGAGAUUGUAUUUCCAAGUGAGUGAAAAGUAGAAGAAGAGAGUGUUCCUUUGUUCACAUAAAUACACAACACAACUAUACCAAUUCGUA